UGGCGGGCGGGGGGCGGACGGGCCGGUUCGCUGCGAGUCCCUGCGGGCACCGACCGCGCCUCCCGCCGCGCCCCGCGCGCCCACCCCUCUCCCCGGCGCCUCUCGGGGGAUUCCUUUUUACCUUUUCCCCCUCAUUUUAAAUCUUCCCCCCCCGUUUCCCCUCCCCGCCCGCCACUUCCGGCCGGUUUCCGGGCUGUUUCCGGGUGAGCGGCUCGUUUUUUCGGGCGGCGGUUUGUUUCUUUUUUUUCGGGGGGAGGGGGGGCGGUCUGCGAGAGAUGCUGGAGGUGGCGGCGGUGCCGGCGGGGGCCGCCCCGGGCGGUUCGGAGGAGCGCGGGAGCCGCUUCAGCGUCCUGACGUGGGAGCAGGUGCAGCGGCUGGACCAGAUCCUGGGGGAGGCCGUGCCCAUCCACGGCCGGGGCAACUUCCCCACGCUGUCCGUGCGGCCCCGCACCAUCGUCCAGGUUGUCCGUAGCCGCCUGGAGAAGAAAGGAAUCACAGUCCAUAAUGUCAGGUUGAAUGGCUCAGCAGCCAGUCACGUUCUGCAUCAAGACAGUGGCUUGGGGUACAAAGACCUGGACCUCAUUUUCGGCGUGGACCUGAAGACAGAAGAUGUUUUCCAGCUCGUCAAAGACGUGGUCAUGGAUUGCCUGCUUGACUUCCUCCCCGAAGGCGUCAACAAGGACAAGAUCACCCCCAUGACUCUGAAGGAGGCCUACGUGCAGAAGCUGGUGAAGGUGUGCAACGAGACCGACCGCUGGAGCCUCAUCUCGCUCUCCAACAACAGCGGGAAGAACGUGGAGCUCAAAUUCGUGGACUCUCUCCGGCGGCAGUUCGAGUUCAGCGUGGACUCCUUCCAGAUCAUCCUGGACUCGCUCCUGCUGUUCGGGGAGUGCUCGGAGAACCCCAUGGCUGAGAACUUCCACCCCACGGUCACCGGGGAGAGCAUGUACGGGGACUUUGAGGAGGCCAUGGACCACCUGCGGAACAGGGUCAUCGCCACCAGGAACCCGGAGGAGAUCCGAGGUGGGGGGCUCCUGAAGUACUGCAACCUCUUGGUGAGGGGGUUUAAGCCCAAAUCGGAAGUGGAUAUGAAGGCACUACAGAGGUACAUGUGCUCCAGGUUUUUCAUAGACUUCUCUGACAUCGGUGAGCAGCUGAGGAAGCUGGAAUGUUACCUCCAGAGCCACUUUGUUGGGAUGGAGAGCAACAGAUAUGACUAUUUAAUGACCCUCCACAGGGUGGUCAAUGAGAGCACAGUCUGCCUCAUGGGACACGAGAGGAGGCAGACCCUGAACCUCAUUGCCAUGCUGGCUGUGAGGGUCCUGGCUGAGCAGAACAUCAUCCCCACCGUCACAAACGUUACCUGCUACUACCAGCCAGCCCCUUAUGUCAGCGAAAUAAACUUCAACUACUAUGUCACCCACGUGCAGCCCUUCCUGCCUUGCAAUCAGUCCUACCCAACGUGGCUUCCCUGUAACUGAGCCAGGACAAACGUCAGGGUCUGUCCUCCAAGGACCAGCUGGAGCAAAGAGCUGUCAAAGUGGGGCUGCAUAAACCAGGGAGGUAUUGGAAUGGCUACGUGUAAAUGCCUGAAACGGGGAACACUGGGGAAGGGGGGGAGUGCAUGGUGGAAAAUGCUGUGCAGAGCUUUCUGGAAAAAAAGGCAGCAGGGACUUGCAUAUGAAUUUCUUCAAGCUCCCAAGUCUGCAGUGCCAAAAUACGGUCGUGUUCCUAGAUGAUGAGGCAGAUGAUCUGUCCAGGAGCCUGCCCCAGGCUGCUGGACCUAAUCCUGUAUUUUCUAGGGGAAUUUGAAAUGCUGCUCUUCCUAGGGUUUUUUUAAUUGUUUUGUUGUUGGUUUUUUUUUUGGCAUGCAGUGUGGUUUUAAUGCACAAAGCCAGAGGCCAGCUGGGUUAUCGGGGAAGAUGAGGCUUGUCCUUUUGAAGCACAAACCACUCAGUUCACGAGUCAGUUAUUUCCAGCUGUUGCUGGAGCCUGUGUCCUCUGAGGAGAUGGGCAGAGCUCUUCCAGUCUGGAGAUCUUCCCUUGGGCAGGUCCUAUCUUCCAAAGCAGCCUGUUCCCAGCUAUGUGAUUCCAUCAGCAUUUGAAAUUCAUUCUCUAGCUAGAAAUGGAGCUUGGGGGGGGGUGGGGGUGAAGUUAGUUGGCCUUAGGAAAGAAAAAAAAAAAAAAAGAGAAAAAAAAAGUCUUCUAAACAGACCCUCUUGUGUUGUGAGGGUUUGGCUCUCUCAGUCCAACGUGGCUUUGAAGUUUUUGGGUGUCUGGAGCACAAAAGUUUUUCAUGGAGGUGCCUGGAUUGCUGUGCCCGUGGAGCAUCUCAGAUUUAACUAUGCACGGAGGGAGAGGCGGGCAGGCAGCAGGCAUUCCCUAGGGAUGCUGCUCCAGGAACACCACGGCUUCAGUGGUGCUUCCUCCGAGGCUGAGGUACUCCAAGUAUCUUUACUAACUUUUUUUUUUUUUCUUUUGUUUUGUUUUGGGAUUUUUUUUUUUUUUUGUGACAAAACUGUAAUAGCUGGGCAGAUUGAACGCUCUUAAUAAAGACUAGAUCCUUGGAAUGUG